GGCUGGGGUGGAUUUAAGCGGGCCCGCCGGAAUGAUGAGGACUUUCUGACCUUGACUGAUAUCAAAACUCGACGGGUUUCAAGUUUCACAGGAGCAGACCGUGGAGUUGUACCGUGCGUCUUUUUGGUCAGAGAUGAACCCCGAGGUGGAUUACGGAGGCUCCGGGAGCAGCGGGAACGGCAAGCUGCGCCAGUGGCUCAUCGAGCAGGUGGACUGCGGGAAGUAUCCCGGUCUGGUUUGGGAGAACGACGAAAAGUCCAUCUUCAGGAUACCGUGGAAACACGCCGGGAAACAGGACUACAACCGGGAUGAGGAUGCCGCGCUUUUUAAGGCCUGGGCGCUGUUUAAAGGCAAGUUUCGGGAGGGGAUCGACAAACCGGACCCGCCGACCUGGAAGACGCGCCUGCGCUGCGCCCUCAACAAGAGCAAUGACUUUGAAGAACUGGUGGAAAGGAGCCAGCUGGACAUCUCGGAUCCCUACAAAGUUUACCGCAUCAUCCCCGAGGGCGCCAAGAAAAGACCCAGACAGGAGGACAGUCCUCUGAGUCCAGCGAGCUUUCAGAUGCAUUCCUCCUACCCCGCUGUGUCCCAGAUGCCACAAUACAUGGGGAGUUCAGAAUGCGGCUGGAGAGAUUACUGUCAGGAGCAGGCCUCUCUGCCUGAGCUGCCUUUUUCCCAGUGUCCCUGUCCUUCCCGCAGUCUGCCAUGGCAGAACUCGUCCAUGGAAAAUGGAUACCAGCUCAGAGCCUCUAUUUACUCAUACGGUCCAGCUGAGAGUCAGCCCUCGCCUUUCUCACUGGACGCCAGCAUCAGAUCAGCAGAGGCACUUUCAGACUUCCGUCUGCACGUGUCUGUAUAUUACCGGGACACUCUGGUGAGGGAGGUGACCACUUCCACUCCGGAAGGCUGCCACAUCACUCCGUGCACCCCGGAGAAGCACUAUCUGACGCCUGGAGGUCAGGAGGUGGUGCCCCUGCCUGUGGAGAGCCUCUCACCUCAGAGGAGGCCAGACGAGUGUCCUCCGAGUCCAUCGGCCAGCCUAGAGAGGGGAGUGCUGCUGUGGAUGCGAGCAGACGGACUCUACGCCCGUAGGCUGUGCCCGAGCAGGGUGUACUGGCAGGGAGGCCCGUCGCCGUACGGAGACAAACCCAACAAGCUGGAGAGAGACGUCACCUGUAAACUGCUCCACACACAGGACUACCUCACAGAGUUUCAGAGCUAUGGCCGGCCACCGUCCCGUUUCCAGGUCCUCCUGAAUUUCGGAGACGAGUGUCUGGACCCGCAGAGACAAAGACGGACCCUCACUGUCCAGGUGGAGCCUCUGUUCACCAGGCAGCUCCUGUACUACGCCCAGCAGCCGGGCGGCCACUACUACCGCAGCUACGAGCAUCCGGGAGUCACGGAGCACAUUAGCGCCUCCGAGGACUACCAGAGGGCCAUCCCACAUCACCACAGCAGCAGCCUGCAGGAGUGAACUGUGCGGGUUUAAGUGACUGUUGGAAAAGUCGUGAUGACAUUUUACACGGCAGGCGAGAAAAAUCUGAGACGAGGACAAAGUGGACAGUGGUAUACAAGACGGACAUUAAGUCAGCAACCGUCUGCCCUGUGUGGUUUUUGUAUCUGUGUGUCUUAAGUCAAAAAUACAGUGUUAUAUUUUUCUUUUCCUUGUUGUGUUUUUUAGGGCACAAUGAGUGUUUCCAUGCUUACUCAUAGAAAGUAUAAAAGGUGAACGUAGCUACUGUGAUGUCAUCCACUGGAUUCUGAUGUCCCAUUUUGAAGCUUUGAGAUGAGGGUUUGCUCACUGACUUGUCAAUCAUGAGUUGUUAGCCAAUGAGCAAACCAUUUUGAAACAUAUAUGAUGAAGAUUUUAAAAAAAUAGAUCACAAUUUUUAUUCAUUGUGACCUGGGUUUAAAGUAUUUACUGCAUUGGCUUCGUUUUUCUGACCUGGCAGCUAUGGCUGUAUUUUAUUUUAUUUUUUUAUAUUAUUUUUUUUACUGUCUAUGUGCUUACUAUGCAAAAGAAACUGACAGCUGAGCUGAUUGUACUAUAGGAAACUGUGAGCAAAAAAAAAGUGCCUUAAAAAAAUAGUCCCAUGUUUAGGAAAAUGUACUUAACCACUUUUUGUGCCAGGGGUUGCAUUACAAACUCAAUGCCUUUAACGAACCAAUCAAAUCCAGGCAGUGGCUAGUAGCUGGUGAGCUAAGCUUAGCCUAGCUUAGCUUAGUGUAAGGACUACAAAAAAAAAACAGAAAAAGAGCCUGAAACCAACCAAAAGUACCUUCUGAUACUUUCUAAAGCAAACCAGCAAACAUGUUUUAUCAUUUUUAGUCUGAAUUAAAACUGAACUGUAUCAGCUACUCAUCUUUUUGUUUGGGACCGCUAAUGUCCGCCAGCUGUAGAGGGUCAACAUUUAACUCUGCUGUAAAACUGGAAAUUGACAAACACUGAUGAGAUAUUACAUUCAAAUUAGUAAGAACCCAAUUUUAUAUUUGGACAGAACCGUGAAGGCAUUUCAGGACUUUGUGCUAAGUUAAGUUAAGCUAAGCUGAGCUAAACCAGGCUAAGCUAAGGAGCUACCGGCUCCAGCUGGUUUAUUUGUGUGCCUGGUAUCACUCAUCUUAUCUGGUUAUCUGCAAGAAAGUGAAGAAAAAAAAAUAGAAUAAAAAAAAAAUUUUUUUUCUUUGUAAAUACUUUUCUGUUAGGAGACACUAUCACCCUCAUGUAGUAAAUUAUGAAUGGAGUCUAAUGCCUGGCUGUGUGGGUGUGUCACUGUGUGUGUGCGUGCGUGCAUGGGUGUGAGAGAAAGAAACUCAGGGAGCUGAUUUUAGAUAAGCUUUUUUAACUCAAUUUUGUAUCAAAUAGUUAUGUUAAAUGUAAAUGUCACACAGCAGAUCUGAGAAAGAGUUCAGCUUGAAGUUUGA